CUAUCCAAAUACAGCCAUGCCCCCGGUGUCUCAUGGUGACACUGAAGAGACAAUCCCAUAGUUCUCUUUUUCAUGAGAGCUGUUUCUCUGAGAUGAGGAACGUGUGGAGGAAUUGAUGGACAGAAGUUGCUGGAAUUGUUACCUUUGCUGAGCUAGCUAGUGUCUGGUGUAACAGCACCCAGGAGACGUGCUGGUUAGUUUAGUUAGUUAUCUGAGAAGCAGAUAAGUGAGUGGGAGUAAAUAAAGAACAUGUGCAGGAAGAAAGUUUUGAAUGUAAAAAGUGUGAAAGUCUGAAGGUGUGCUAAUGCUAGGGGGGGUCUGUGGGCAUGCCCCGCCCAGAAAAUUUUGAAAUUUAUAUGCCUUCUGGUGCAUUCUCAGUUAAUAAAUUACUCGCCAUUUCCCUGUAAAAUACUUGCAAAAUGUGUAUGAAAUUUCCCUCCAGAUGUGUGACUGCUUGGCUUUCUCAGUUCCCCUCUGUAGUACGCUGCCUGGCUCUGUAACAUAACUACAUAUGCUGCGGCAUGGUCAUGUGGUCCAGCUCAGCCAAUCAGAGCACAAUUAAUCGAUCAACAAAUAUGGCAUACUACAUACUGCUUCGUAUGCCUCGGAAAUAUUACCAUAACACUGAUCAAGCGUCUGAUUUAAACGUGUGGGACAGUCCACAUAUUGCUGAAUGGUAGGCGGGUGUUCAGACAAGUUACAGGAGUUAAAGUCCCCAAGAACGAUGAUGGGCUGGUCUGCAAAACGAGCGAGUGCGUUAUUGUAGCUCUCUGCUAUUCUUUCCCCAGCUACAUCAUCAUUAGACCCGGGCACAUAAACAGGAAUGACUGCGAUCUGCCCAAACUCCGGUGGAAGGUAGAAUGGUCUGAAAGAAACAGUCAGUAUCUCAUAGUCCGGUGUGCACACUUGCUCGCGUAUGCAAUACUGAGUGGCCCAGCUGUUAUCCACGAAUAAACACAACCCACCACCGAUGGAUUUGCGUGAAGUGCGCGCAUUCCUAUCAGCUCUUAAAGUGGUAUACCCUGGCAAUCUUGGAGUUUCGUGAUAGUCUUUAAGCCAUGUUUCCGUCAAACACAUAAGAUUGCUUAGUCUGAAUGCGUUGUCAUGCUCGGCUCUUAACGCAAGUUCAUCAAGUUUGUUGCUUACCGAGCGAACGUUGGACAAAGUGAUGGCAGGCAGUGGAAAUCUGCUGCAGCGUCUCCAGAGACGGUGCCUUAGGCCUCCCCUUGAGCCGCGCUUUUUCCCAACUUUCCUCCUCCUCUCUGGCCAUUUACCAGACUGUCGGAUUUCCGCACAGUCCGCAGGUAGAAUCGCGGGUGGGACUCCAGCUGAGCGGCGGGAAAGCAGUUGCUCUCGGGUGUAGGUCAGAUAGUCUUGUCGGCCUUUUAGGUAGCACCCCCCGGACACAACAGCCAACAGGCAAAAUAAUGUCCGUAGGAAGGCGAUUUUCAUCAUGAUAGUAAAGUGCCGAGUGCAAUAGCAUUUCCAACAAGUGAUAAUCACCCGAGACAAAUAAACUCGGAUAACUACAUUAAAACAAGUCUAAAAACACAAACAAACAAACAGUGAGCGCAGGGUCAGCGGCUGGCCACGCCCCCGGAAGUUAUUAUCAUUAUUCAUGAAUUACUACAGUUCUGAACUUCAAAUGUUAAAAGUCUGGCCUUUGGAGAGAUGAUGGAGACUCUUGGUGGAACACAACGGAGCAAAAUAUUGUGACCCUCUAAUGUUGACCUGAAAUUGGCACCACUGGGGGUUGGCAUUGGGUUUUUGUCCCCACCAGUGUUAAUACCAAACCUACGCCCUUGCCUACAUGUUAUCUCGUUCUAAUUGUUGUUACUUUUAUCCAAAUGACAGCUGGAAAUACGUUGUUACUUUACACUUUGUUGAUCUGGGUACGAAUCUCUGAGAAACUGGAUUGGCAGAAUGUUGCCUGUGAAGAAAAGAAUGUCUUUAUUCCCCUGUGCCAAGUUAAUAUUUACUUAAGUGCAGUUUUUAAGAGCCAUAGGUUGUAUUUUAUUUAUUGUUUUUGUUGAGUGGUUUUGUUUGUUUGUUUUAUUUCUUUAGGUUAUUUAUUUGUAUUUUUUUUUUAGGUUCCACUGUUGAAUUGAAUAAGUUGAUUUAAUUAAAAAGUUUACUGUUCUUUGAAAGGGUGUAUUUGCAUGAUCAUUAUUAUUUCACUAGUGGCAUAAAAUUGUCUUGAAAAGACGUCAACAGUAAUAUCGUUUAUCGCAAUAAUUUCUGAGACAAUAUAUCGUCCAACAAAAUUUGUUAUUGUGACAGGCCUAGUCAUGACCCGAAUUGAAGACAAUUUCGUGGUGAAAUAAUUGGGUUUGCAGAAAAUUCUGGGCAGCGGAGACGAUAUCAAUCACUUGAACAUUGAAAGGCAAGUUUUUAUUUUUUGUGGCUGCUGCCUCAUAGAGGCGAAGUGAGGCAGGAGCCACCAUGUCAUUGUGUUGUAAGAAUGAGUGUAACAAUAGCGCACUGCGCAUACGCGUUACAAUCACCAGAACAGCGAAUCGUGAUCUCGCGUUAUUAAAUGUACACAAGAACGAGUGGCAAAGCCAUGAUGUCAUCAUGUUGUAAGAGUGAGUGUAAUAAUAGCGAAACUUCGUAACCAGUCAGCACUUAUCCUGAUCAAGUUCGAUUCCCCGUUCUGCUUCUUGAUGAACUUCGGAACCAGAAACAAAAUAAGAGAAACCUCAUAACUUCGUCGUAUCAGCAGAUAAAAAGAUAAACGAAAUUCACCUCAUGAUUCGCCGAGGCUACUGAUUCGAUAUCGAGUAAGUGGUGUUUAUUUUAAGAAAACUUGCCUUUUGAUAAUCACAGCUUUUGUUUGGUCCUUCUGAAAGGUCAAAAGAAAGGUUUUGUCAGGGUUUUUUGAGCUUCUUGGCAGAUAGCUUGAGAAGGGGAUACCAAACUUCUGUUAUUCGCCUUAAGUUUUUAAUUUUAUUUUUUAUUUUAGAGUCUUUACACUUGUGAAACAAAAUGUGCUCAUUAGUACUAAAUAAUGCGUCAAAGACAAUUAAUGAACAAGUGUUUUCUUACUAUUUUGAAAAUAAAUCUAGUUCACAGCUCUGUAUUUUGAACAAAGUCCUGGUGCGGCUCACAGCUUGAUGUUUGUAAGAGAUGAGGCGAGUAUCAUUGAGAACGUGUUUUUGCUGUAUUUACUGUUUGGACAUGGGAUCAGAAAACAGUUUUAUUUAUAAGCAGUAGCCACAUGUACCCAUUGGGUUUCUUUCUUUGUUUGAUCGGGUAGUCAGCGCAGACUGUCUGUAGGUGGAGAAAGCCACCGGUCACCGGUGCUUCUGGACAUCUCUGUUCAUCCAAGAAACGUACAUCAUGCACCAAAAUCUAUCUUUGUGCUUUUGAAAUGAUUCAAUUUAAGAGUUGUUCAGAUUUAGUGACUCGUUUUUGAGUCUUCGCACAUCACGGGUGUAAAGCAGGGAAAGUUGAGCGCUUGUUCAGUUUUGACAUGUCUUCAGAUUGGUUGAGGGUGAACAGGGGUUCGCUGGGCUGGUGAACCUGCUCUUGCGUGUUAUUAGCUGGACUGCAGUUCUGCACUGCUUUUUGAAAAAGCCUUGAUGUACUAAAGUCCUUCCCGCACCAUAUGGCACAUUAGGCGGCGCCAAUCUCCAUUUCUGUAGCCCUCAGCCUCUCACCUAUUACAUAACCAGGGUUACAGUGGUGGGGCGGGUCCUCUGGUAAUUGCGAGAGUUUGAUAUACAGAAUGUUUUUUUUUUUAAAGUGUAGAAACACACAGAUACACAAUGAUGCAGUUAAACCUGAUAGUCAUGGUAAUGGCCUGUUAAUAUUUCCUGCAUUACUGCAAUGCUGCAGAUCAGGUCAUGGCCUCUAGGUGGCAGCACUGGAGUAUCACAGUGUGGAUUAGGGAGUAGGGCGCCAUCUGUGUCACGGGGAAACACCAGAGCAGGUUGUAUCCGCACCGUCCCCAUCGGCUUCAUCACUUCCUGUUUUGCUCAGAAGAACGGCACACCCAGACAGCCGACCGUCUGCAGCUCGUCUCGUGCUCGUCUCAAAAUCCAGUCCUCUGUGUUCAAUAAUCCUGAACACGCUCUCACCGGCCUGCACCAGUACUCCCAUGUCUGGCUCAUCUUUCUCUUCCAUAAGAAUGGGCACAUGAGCUAUAAAGCGAAAGUGAAGCCUCCUCGUCUGAAUGGAGAGAAGGUGGGAGUUUAUUCCACACGCAGCCCUCACCGACCCAAUGCCCUCGGCCUCACGCUCGCCAAACUGGACUCCAUCACAGGUGAUGUCCUGCACCUGUCAGGUGUGGAUCUGAUCUCUGGCACUCCUGUACUCGAUAUUAAACCGUAUAUUCCUGAGUACGACUCUCCCGUCACACACACCACGCUGAGCACAGAGCUGCAGCACCAACAGGAAGUGCCCUCUGACACGCCCGACACCCUGGAGGAAGUAGAACCUGCAGAACCGGAGGGUUUGGAGAACUCGUAUGUCUCCUCUCGCCUGGAAGCUGAAGAGAGGCUCAGUGAUGUUGGCGAGUUUUCAGCAGAAAGUGAUGUUCCUGGUGUGCUGGGGGAUGUGAGGGAGUUCCUCCUGCAGGGGGCGCCGUGUUCUCAGGGUGGGGCUGAAGAUAAACAGACUGAUGAAAUGGAAGAGGAGGAGGAGUCCUGUGAAUCGAACAGCAGCGUCGCUUCCUGGAUCAGAAAACCUCCAGUGCGGAAUCUGAGUGUGAGAUUUACUCCGACUGCGGAGAGACAACUCGCCGACUUCCUGCCUCCUCACUGCUCAGACACGGGAAGGCCCAAGUUCCAGUUUUUGAAAAGCCCAGAGGAAGCAGCUGCCGCCAUCCGGGGAGUUUUAUCAGCUGAUCCGAGGUCAGUGUACCGGAGAAACCGCUGCAGUGAUCGCCUCUUCUUCUUCAGUCUGGACACGGCUCACAUCACCUGCUGGUUCGGGGACGGGUUCGCUGAGGUGCUGUGUGUUCGACCCGUGAUGAACCCAGAUGGAGAAACUCCGGGUCCGAGUGAGACGUCCUCAGUCACCUCAUCUCCGAUAUAAACUCUCUCUGAUUCAUACCGGACUCCUAAAUAUAACAUUGUGUGUCUGUGUGUAUUUUCGACUCAUUAUUGAAAUCAUGUUAAAGAUCAUGCUGUUUUGUUUGAUCAUUAAGCGUGCCAAAGUGUGUGUUAAAUAAAAUAUACUGUUUUUAUUCAUCA